AUGAGAAUCAUGGUUCAAAGAGCUGUCAUCGGAGACAUAAAUCUCUUCUUCCCUCUCUUCUUAUUAACUCUUCUCUUUCUCCUUUACAAGAAUUUCAGAUCUUCCCCAUCCAAAGGUCUUCCACCAGGACCAACUCCAUGGCCCAUCAUAGGAAACAUUCACCAAAUGGGAAUGGAGUCCUAUGUCUCAAUCACCCACUUAGCUCAAACCUAUGGCUCACUUAUCUCACUAAGACUUGGUCCCCGGCUCCUUGUAGUUGCAUCAUCACCAGCCUCGGCAACUGAGAUACUCAAGACCCAUGACACUGUACUCUCCGGCCGCAUCGCAGUCGACCUUAAGGCCAAUCCAGAACGCAUGACAAUGGUAUGGGCUCCUGAGUGCAAUGAUCAAUGGAGGAAUCUACGUACCCUUUAUCGGUCUGAGUCGUUCUCAGCCAAGGUGAUCGAGUGUCAAGAAAUUUUGAGGGAGAAUAAGGUGAUGGAACUUAUAAGUUUUCUGAGUGCAAAGGAAGGUGAUGUUGUGAACAUAGGUGACGUAAUGUAUGCCACUGUUUUUAACAUCUUGAGUAAUCUUUUCCUGUCAGAGGAUUUGAUUAGCUUUGAGGAUGAUGGUAGCGAUGAAAGAAUCAAGCAACUGAUGAAGAGGAUGAUGGUGUUGGUGUCAACUCCUGACUUGGGUGAAUUGUUUCCAAUAUUCAAGAGGUUAGAUAUUCAGAGGCUAAACAAGAGGAAGAGGGGGUUGUUUGAGAAGAUCAGUGCUACGUGGAAGAAUAUCAUCAAAGAAAGAAGAGCGAGGGUAGUUGAUGGUGGUAUUUCAAGCGAACAAGAUUUCUUGGAUUUUCUGAUCAACCGUGGCUUUACCGAUGAUUAUAUCAACAACAUAUUUCAUGAGCUUUUCACUGCUGGUACAGAUACAAGUGGAACAACAAUUGACGGAACAACAAUUGAGUGGGCAAUGGCUGAACUGAUGAAAAAUAUAGAUGCCAUGAACAAAGUUCGCGAUGAACUUACAAAGGAGAUGAUAGGAAAUUUUGUACAAGAGUCUGAUCUACCUCGGCUACCCUACCUUCAUGCCUGUGUAAAAGAGACACUAAGAUUACAUCCUCCAGCACCAUUUCUCCUUGCUCACCGUGCAAUUGAUACAUGCACUGUGAAGAAUUAUACCAUACCCAAGGACUCUUCAAUAUUUGUGAAUGCAUGGGCAAUUGGUCGGGACCCUGUGGCUUGGGAUGAUCCAUUAACCUUCAAACCAGAGCGGUUCCUUGAAUCUGAUGUGGAAUUCAAGGGUAACCAUUUCCAAUUCAUACCCUUUGGUGCAGGAAGGAGAAUCUGCCCAGGAAUACCCAUGCCUGCUAGGCAGAUUCAUUUCAUUCUGGCUUCUUUGAUUCACUCCUUCGAUUGGUCUCUCCCAGAAGGCAUGCAUCCAGCCAAUCUAGACAUGACUGAAAAGUUUGGAAUAAUGUUACGGAAGAAACAACCUCUACUCCUCAUUCCUAAAGCAAGACACAGUCAAUGAUCAAGUCUUCCUUCCACAGUAUUGUGAGAGUGGAUUAUGCCUUAUCUUGGUGAGUGUCCAUAGUUUUCUGCUAGCCUUUUAAUCCUAUAUUGAAAGUGUAGGUUAUGCUUUCAUUCUAUGGAGUUCUAUUUCAAUUUGUAUUGUCUUUUAUUUUCCCUUCAAUCAGUUUUCCUUCCAGUGUUGUGAGAGUGGAUUAUGUAUUAUCUUGGUCAGUGUCCAUAGUUUUCUGCUAGUCUUUUAAUCCUAUAUAGAAGGUGUAAGUUAUGCUUGCAUUCUAUGCAGAUCUAUUUCAAUUUGUCUGUCUCUCUUCUUCUUCUUUU